AUGUCGACAACAGAAAGUCACACCACAGGCGCUCACAUAUCGACAACAGCAGCUCACAUUUCAACAACAGAAGGUCACACCACAGGCGCUCACAUGUCGACAACAGAAAGUCACACCACAGGCGCUCACAUGUCGACAACAGAAAGUCACACCACAGGCGCUCACAUGUCGACAACAGCAGCUCACAUUUCAACAACAGAAGGUCACACCACAGGCGCUCACAUGUCGACAACAGCAGCUCACAUUUCAACAACAGAAGGUCACACCACAGGCGCUCACAUGUCGACAACAGAAAGUCACACCACAGGCGCUCACAUGUCGACAACAGCAGCUCACAUUUCAACAACAGAAGGUCACACCACAGGCGCUCACAUGUCGACAACAGCAGCUCACAUUUCAACAACAGAAGGUCACACCACAGGCUCUCACAUGUCGACAACAGGAAGUCCCACCACAGGCGCUCACAUGUCGACAACAGAAGGUCACACCACAGGCGCUCACAUGUCGACAACAGCAAGUAACACCACAGGCGCACACAUGUCGACAACAGAAAGUCACACCACAGGCGCUCACAUGUCGACAACAGCAGCUCACAUUUCAACAACAGAAGGUCACACCACAGGCUCUCACAUGUCGACAACAGAAAGUCACACCACAGGCGCUCACAUGUCGACAACAGGUCACACCACAGGCGCUCACAUGUCGACAACAGAAAGUCACACCACAGGCGCUCACAUGUCGACAACAGCAGCUCACAUUUCAACAACAGAAGGUCACACCACAGGCUCUCACAUGUCGACAACAGAAAGUCACACCACAGGCGCUCACAUGUCGACAACAGGUCACACCACAGGCGCUCACAUGUCGACAACGAAAAGUCACACCACAGGCGCUCACAUGUCGACAACAGCAGCUCCCACCACGGGCGCUCACACGUCGACUACAACAGCUCACACCACGGGCGCUCACAUGUCGAGUACGGCAGCUUUCAUGUCGACAACAGAAGGUCACACUACGGGCGCUCACUUGUCGACAACAGCAGCUCAUUUUUCGACAACAGAAAGUCAUACCACGGGCGAUCACAUGUCGACAACAGCAGCUCAUUUUUCGACAACAGAAAGUCAUACCACGGGCGAUCACAUGUCGACAACAGCAGCUCAAACCACGGGAGCUCACAUGUCGACAACGGAAGGUCACACGACGGGAGCUCACAUGUCGACAACAGCAGCUCAAACUACGGGUGCUCACAUGUCGACAACGGAAGGUCACACCACGGGAGCUAAUUUGUUUACAACAGCAGCUCACAUGACGGGAUCCACCCCAGCAGAGACAUUUACGACUCACAUAUCUACUACCUGGCCUAAAACCACAGGAAUUGAUGCUUCAGCAACUCUAUCCACCUCUACAGGAACUUAUAUGUCGACAAUUUCGCCUACCACCACACCAUCUAACACCACCGGAACCUAUUUGUCGACAAUACCAUCUAACACCACCGAAACCUAUUUGUCGACAACACCAUCUAACACCACCGAAACCUAUUUGUCGACAACACCAUCUAACACCACCGGAACCUAUUUGUCGACAAUACCAUCUAACACCACCGAAACCUAUUUGUCGACAACACCAUCUAACACCACCGGAACCUAUUUGUCGACAACACCAUCUAACACCACCGAAACCUAUUUGUCGACAACACCAUCUAACACCACCGGAACCUAUUUGUCGACAACACCAUCUAACACCACCGAAACCUAUUUGUCGACAACACCAUCUAACACCACCGGAACCUAUUUGUCGACAACACCAUCUAACACCACCGGAACCUAUUUGUCGACAACACCAUCUAACACCACCGAAACCUAUUUGUCGACAACACCAUCUAACACCACCGGAACCUAUUUGUCGACAACACCAUCUAACACCACCGGAACCUAUUUUUCGACAUCCUCGACUACCACAAAGGGAACUCAUUUGUUGGCCAAAAAUAUGCCAAAGUCUCGACCUAAGCGUCAAGUUCUUACGUCUCUCUCAAUAUUGACUACAUCUUCAAGCAAUAUUCAGACUACUUCAGGCGAAACUGAGACUACUUCUUCAAGCCAAACGGAGACUUCUUCAGAGAUAACUGAGACUACUUUUUCUAGUAAAUCUGAGACUUUUGCAGGGGAAACAGAGAGUACUUUUUCAGACAAAACUGUCCCUUUAAUGUCGUCAACUCCAUUCAGCAAAACACAGACACCCGUUCCAACAACUCCCUCUGAGACGAUAGAAACUCGAAAGACGACAAUUUCAUCAACCAUAGAACCCCCAGUGAUCAAUGACACUCUGAAUCUCUACUAUAUCACGAGGGGCGUCCCAGAAAAUAUAAUAUUGGACAAGAUAUUUUGGAAAAACCGAUGUGAGAGGAAUGUGCAAAGCGAAAAAAAUAUCGGGGUCGGGCUGAAAUGUAAAGAUUUGGUGAAGACGCAAGCAUCUCCGCCGACACUGGAGAACUUGGACGAAUACUUGGAGUGGGCUAAAGAGGUCAACACUACGUCCCAGAAGAAGAAUAAUUCCAAUCCGCACUUUUUCGAAAGAGCUUUGCAACACAUGAUGCGAGCCAAUAUUACAAUUUCAAUCAUCGUAAUCGUUACACAGUUGAUCCUAGCAAUCAUUUUUUGGUAUUUCUACUCUCGACUGAAAGCAGAUGAGCAGGCCGGCCUGACCUUGCCCCCAGACUUUGACCUCUUAGAAUUAGAGCUGGCCGGGGAGGACGACUUGGACGAUAACGGGCGUCGUCUUGAAGAAGAACUCCUUCGUGCCAAGUUGGAAAAAUUGCAGGCCAAGCUAAAGGAAGAAAAUAGAAGAAAGGGACAUGGAGAUCAUCAUAAAGAAGGUACGACCGAUCAUCCGAAGGGAGGUGUCGUCAACAGCAAGGGCAAAACCAUUACUCCUGUCGCCAUACCAAAGCUUGCUCAUCAUUAG